GCUGAGAGCAAGUGACCAGCAGUCAGUCCCCAGUGGGCUUGUUUUUCAUUCCAGGAUACCUGUUGCUUUGGGAGCAACGCCAUAGCCAGGGGUCUUGAGCAGUUAUCCUCGUCGCUGUGGGUGGUGUAUUGUAAGAUGAGGGAGAAUUUCUGGUAAUGAGACCAGGAAAACUUGAUUUCAGAGCUAGAGAAGGAGCGGCCCAGAGAGAAUCUCAUUCCCACGACCAGGCUAGAUUAUUUGCUUCCCUAAACAGCUGCACUUUAUUUUAAUGAUAAAUACAGAAGUUAAAAAAACUAUUACCUUAUAAAGACACUCGCUUUUUUUUUUUUUCUUCCCAAGAGGAAGUGAAAAGCAUGGGCCUUGGGUUGCAGAUUUACAAUGAUAUGGUGAACCCAAAGGCUGAAACCAAAACGAUUUUCUCAGCUCUUUAAUUGGAACGACAGUGAGUUGUCUACCAAAACCCAGCAUGGCUAAAAGUGCAGAGGUCAAACUGGCAAUAUUUGGAAGAGCUGGCGUGGGCAAGUCAGCUCUUGUAGUGAGAUUUCUGACCAAACGUUUCAUCUGGGAAUAUGAUCCCACCCUCGAAUCAACCUACCGGCACCAAGCAACUAUCGAUGAUGAAGUUGUCACCAUGGAGAUACUAGAUACUGCUGGUCAGGAAGACACCAUUCAGAGGGAAGGACACAUGCGGUGGGGGGAAGGCUUUGUGCUGGUCUAUGACAUUACCGACCGAGGAAGUUUUGAGGAAGUGCUACCACUGAAGAACAUCCUGGAUGAGAUCAAAAAGCCCAAGAAUGUGACUUUCAUUCUGGUUGGAAACAAAGCUGACUUGGACCACUCCAGACAGGUCAGUACAGAAGAAGGGGAGAAACUGGCCACAGAGAUGGCGUGUGCUUUUUAUGAGUGUUCUGCCUGCACCGGAGAAGGGAACAUCACCGAGAUAUUCUACGAGCUGUGUCGAGAGGUUCGGCGCCGGAGGAUGGUCCAGGGCAAGACGAGGCGACGCAGCUCCACCACGCACGUCAAGCAAGCCAUUAACAAGAUGCUCACCAAGAUCAGUAGUUAGGCAGCUCUGUUCUCAUGAAGGCCCUGCUGAGGUGGGUUGGGGAAUUGGAAACGCUUUCUGGCCCUUUUUCCCCUUUUUAUCCUCCAAAAUAAAAUACUCCAUUCCUUGUUCUGACUCAGA